CCCUUUCAGAACUAGAAGCUGAGAGAGAUGCUGGUCUUCUUCAAUUCAAUCAGUGUUUAUAGAAGAUAUCUAGCCUAGAGAAUCUGUUAUCUCAAGCACAAGAGGAAGGAAAGGGGAAAAAUGAACGAGCUCUAAGGGCAGAAGCUGAAUGUCAGAAUCUUAACCAAGAACUUUGUAGAUUAGAGGCUGAGAAAGAAGCUGGGCUUGUUCAAUACAAAUAUUGUCUUAAGAAAAUUUCUAUUUUGGAAUUUAAACUAUCACUUGCUGAGGAAAAUGCCAGGUUACUUAAUGAGCAAAUUGAAAGAGCAGAAGCUAAAGUUGAAGCACUAAAGAAAGUUGUCGCUGGGCUGAAUGCUGAGAAAGAAGCUGCAGCACUUCAGUACAAGCAGUGCUAGGAGAUUAUUGCUAUGAUGGAAGCUGAAAUUUCUCAAGCUAAAGUGAAUGUAGAACGUCUGAAUGAUGAAAUUUUAAUGGGAGCUGCUAGAUUGAAAAGUGUUGAAGAACAGUGUGUUCAGUUGGAGAGAUCAAACAAAACUCUGCAAUCAGAGGCAGAUGAUUUGUUGCAGAAGAUAUCUAGGAAAGACCAACAACUUACAGAAAAAAAUGAUGAAUUAAAGAAAUUUCAGACCAUGAUGCAAGAGGAGCACUCAAGGUUUCUACAAGUUGAAGCAACGCUCCAAGCUCUACAAAAGUUGCAUUCUGAAUCUCAAGAGGACCAAAGAGCCUUGGCAUUGGAACUGAAGAACGGGCUCCAAAUGUUGAAUGACCUGGAGAUGCGCCAACAUGGCAUGGAAGACAAACUGCAACGAGUUAAAGAAGAAAACAAGAAUCUCUCUGAACUCAACCUUUCAAGCAACAUAUCACAGAAGAAUCUUGAUGCACUUUGGUGAUGGAAAGUCCACUGCUUGUCUUGAUGUGCUCCCAAGACAGGAGAAGGGUUGCUCUGAUCUCAACACCUCCGCCUUCAUCCACCGCAUGAUCAUUGCCGAGAAACCCAAUUUCAUCGUUUUCACUGGGGAUAAUAUAUUCGGAUUUGAUGCCACUGAUGCUGCUAAGUCUCUAAAUGUUGUGUUUUCCCCUGCAAUAGCAUCCAACAUCCCAUUCUCAAAGUGCCUCUUCACUCCAGCCAUCACACAUUCUCUAUUGGAGUCUCUGAAAUGGAUUG